AUGUCGUGGAACGAUCAACACUCUCGGCGUCGCGGGGUAUGGAGCCAUUGGGUGCCGCUCGCAGUCACUGUGACUGUCGCGACCGUUGGUCUCGCAGCCUGGGUCUGGAGCCAGCGCAAGGAUGAGGACGAGAAUCCCGAGACCGACCACGUCAGAGACCUCGACUACGAUGCCGCCGACUUUGGCGGCAAUACUGCCUACGAUUCCUCCAGAGGACCGAAGCCGCCAUCAAGCAAUGUUGGGGCCGAGACCUACGGCACCACUGGCGAUGCGUCCCGGGAUGCCGAUGUCAGCGCAGAGACGUGGGGUGCGCGCAUGUCGGGCGCUUUGAGACGAACUCCCAGCCCGCAGCAAUUCUUCGAGUCCGCCGGCAAGACUGUGACGGCGGGUGUUGCUGCAGCAGGUGCUGUCGCCGGACGCGCGCUUGCAGCUAUCCGCGAGGAAGAUAAAAACGCCUACGCCGACCACGAGACGUGGUCUGAGGAAGCUGAUGCCCGCAAGGAGCGAUCCUCCGCUCCGAGGGAGCCAGGGAAGCGAAGGAGGACUGUCGCCAUUGUGGUGUCUGCAGACAGCCAUGGUGAUGACUUUGAUGACGAUGGAUUCCAUGAGCAUGCCUCAAUCCUGUCGCAUAUUCCACGCUACACUGACUUCUCCAGCAUUAAGCUCUUCGUCUUGAUCUACGCCCCUGGUCUUAAGGAGACCGCAGGUGAACCUUCGAGUAACCGCCCGCCACCUUCGCUGAGCUCGUCCUUCUCUAACAUUUCCCACCACCAAGCCCAAACUCCUGGAGAUGAGCCAGCAAAGAGCCCUCUGAUGAACGCCUCUGCCACAAGCCCUGCUUUCAACGCUGUCUACUCUCAGGCCUUGGCUCUGGUUGAGAAGGAGACAAUGGUGCUACCCUUUACUACUGCCAAUGGACAUACCCAUAUUUUACGCCACUUGCAGCCCGAGAUCGUGUAUCUCCAGGAGUCUUUGGCGGGCGAGAACGGCCAAAUGGUGUCCAGCCUCCAGACUUGGCUGCGUCACGACAUCGUUCUGGUUGUGGGUGCCGACAACGGGCACGGUGGUCUUGCCGACAGCGAGUCGGAAGCGGAGAAGCCAGAAGAAAAGUGGUGGCAGCGUCCGGACCGGGUCGGCCGGGGCCGCGGCGUUGUGGUCGUUGAUGGGAUGCGGGUCCACGAUGACUGGGCACGCCGCGUCCAGGGACGGGAGUAA